AUUUUGAAUAAGAAUUUCAAGAAAUAAGCCGUGUGUGUUCGUGUGCUUGCGUACAGCCCCGGAUAGUUUAGGUGUCUUAUUUAGCCGUUAAUAGAUAUACGAAAAAGUAGUUACAACGAUAUACGCUAUUACAAGGGCUGUUGUUUUUUGUUUGGGACGUUCGUCUGCGCUUCAUCACCUAUUUAUUAUAGAAUAUAAUGUUUUCUAUAUGCGGUUAUGCUUUUACACAACGACUUCAAUAGAGUAUCCCGGAUGCCAUCAGGAACACGAAGGGGCCGCGGAGCUUCUCGAGGGGCCGGCGGAUCAAAGAAACGCGGCAAAGGUGGCCGAACCCGCAUCAGGCUUGAUCGUAGAACGUUCGACGAGGAUGGUGAAACACCACGCGUUCUCAACUCCUUUACCGAGGUUUCUUCUGGAACAUCAUCUCCUUCAGAUAGCGAACAAAGUGAUGAAGCUGUCGUAGAGUGCCCAUUCCCUGUUGCGAUGUGGGAUUUGGGCCAUUGUGAUCCAAAAAGAUGUACUGGACGUAAGCUGGCACGCAUGAGACUUAUAAAGGAUCUUAGACUUGGUCAACGUUUCAACGGUAUCAUUCUUACCCCGUCAGCGAGUAAGUGCGUCUCCCCGGAAGACAGCAGGAUCAUUGCGCAAUAUGGCGUUGCCGUAGUGGAUUGCUCUUGGGCACGACUAAACGAGGCGCCUUUCUCGAAAAUGAAAGGAAACCACCCUCGCCUUUUACCCUUCCUUGUGGCAGCCAACCCGGUCAACUACGGCAAACCCUGCGAGCUUUCUUGUGUAGAAGCUAUUGCGGCCGUCAUGUAUUUGACUGGAUUCUCUACGAUAGCCGAUUGGUACCUCAGUAAAUUCUCAUGGGGUCAUUCAUUUUCUGAACUUAACGAGGACCUAUUGACGGCGUACGCCGAGUGUCGAACGUCCGCCGACCUCAUUCGUGCUCAAACGGAUUUUCUUGCCGAAAACGGUGACAGACAUGAUAAUAAAAUGAUUGAAUUGCCUCCCUCAGCCAGCGAAACGGAAAGUGCAGAUGAAAACGGCGAGGCUCCUGUGGUAGGCUGUGAUGACAAAAGGGAUCUCCUCUCUAAUGAUGGCGAUAAACAGAAAAAGGUGGAAGAGGUUAAGGACUCGAAAAGAGCAAAAUGUGGCGGACCGUCUAAUUAUGAUCAUGUCAGAUGACGAAAAUUAUGAUGGUGAUUAGUUUUGUAUUUGUAAUAAAUCCAUAUGAUUUCUAAAUGCCGAACCGUCUGUUUAAUGUUCCCCUGUCACCUGAUCGCGG